ACAGGAGUUUGGAACUGACUAGGAACGAUAUUACUCGAAUGCGACGGUGUCUCGUUCGUUCAUGUCAAUUGGGUUUUGAUGGACUCCCAUAUUAGUUUGUUUAGACAAUUAAUAUAUUUUGAUUACUUUUCUAACACCUCCUGUGGAAAAUGGUUGUAAUUCCGUGUUUAAAAGUGCCGCAGCGUUACGCACAAAUGUACAGAAAAUACCUACUGUCACAAGGUGUUCUGGACCGCAAGUACUGUGCACAGAAACACCCAGAUGGGACUGUAACCCUUCCAGUCAUAGCAUCUUUUCUGGCACAGCUUGAUCUAGUGGCACUAACAAAAGAUGUCGCACAGGACAGCUUUUGUGAAAUUGUUGAUAUCCAGGCUCCCCCAUUAUCAAAGAAGGAAAAAUUUAAAUCUUCUUAUAAGAGGCUUCUAGAGACUGCACAGUCUUUGCUGGUUUCUAAAGGAGAAAAAUGGAGUGAAGAUCUAGAGAGAGACAUUCCUAGCCAAUGGCAAUGCCAUGGAGAUCUUGUCCUGUUUAGCGAAGGUUCCUUUUCUAAUGCAAUAUGGAAAGAAAUUGGAUCUGAAUUCUGGACUGCAGUUGCCCUGACGCUGGGAGGGAAACGUAUAGCACAAAUUAAAAAAAUCUCCCAGGAUGGUUAUCGUACACCUACAGUGACUAUGCUUUUAGGAGACAGCAGCUAUGUAACACACAUUGAUAACCACAUUAGGUAUGAGUUUGAUGUCACCAAGUGCAUGUUCUCUUCUGGGAAUAUCACAGAGAAGCUCAGAAUAGCCUCCUUUGACUGCAGUGGAGAGACUGUGGUUGACUUGUAUGCAGGGAUUGGCUACUUCACUCUUCCAUAUCUUGUACAUGCUAAGGCUGCUCAUGUGCAUGCAUGUGAAUGGAACCCAGAUGCAGUAAAAGCUCUACAGAGAAACCUGCAGGUCAACGGUGUGUCAGACCGCUGCACUGUCCAUCCAGGAGACAACAGCCAGCUUCCAUUGUGUGAUCUUUCUGAUCGAGUGAAUUUGGGCCUCAUACCAAGUUCGGAGGAAGGAUGGCCAGUGGCAUGUCGUCUGCUAAAGAGAGACACUGGUGGAAUGCUGCAUAUUCAUCAAAAUGUCACAACACCUUUGCAUCAUGAACCACUUGAACAUUCUUCUGCUAUCGAUGUUGAAAAAGGCUCUUCUAUGGAAGAAUCUUCUCUGAGGAUCCAGAGAGAUAUGCAAGCAUGGACUGCCUGGGCUUCAGAAACAGCCAGACGCAUCUGUACACUUUUGUCAGACAUCACUGGAAGCAAAUGGAAGACAAAUAUCAAGCACAUAGAGCAUGUUAAGACAUACGCACCACAUAUCAGUCAUGUAGUUCUGGAUUUGGAGUGUAAACCUCUCUGAUAAACACAUUCAAUCAUGUAUAAAGUUUUUAAUUCUAAUCUUUAUAAUCAGCUAUAAUUAGUUUUACCCUUUUCUUUGGGUGUAUGUGUUUGAGAUGCAAAAUUUAGCAGUAUUUUGUAGUUAUUUUAA